AGUGUUGUCCUCGUACAAACUUCAAAAUAACCAAAAAUAGUGUCCUCGAACCGAACUCACGGUCAGUUGAACGUCCAGUUCUCUCGAAAGGCAUUGUGAUAUCGAUCGACGCGGAUGCCAGGAUCGGUGUGAGUCUAUGUGGUGCAAUUUGCGGUGAUGUGGUUGUGCUCUUUGGGAUUAGCUCGAGAAGCCUCGGGAAAGUUCGACGUUGGAUAUCGAGGCUGAACUUCUGACAGAGAUUCUGCGACUACUAGUCAAGGAAACCGAAUGACGUCGUCCAACGACAGUAAGUCUAAAAAGGCUCCAGGGAGCUUGCAAGAUAUCCCGGACCUGUGGAUCGUUCAAUAGACAGCUUCAAGAUGUCCUGCGUGGGGGUGCCUCGCUACGAGGAUGGAUUCCGAUUGGUUGGUCCUCCGUCCGAGUGCUCCCUCAGGAGCAAGGCUCGGAUCGAUGCUCUCUUCGAGGAGUCCAGAUCGAUUUAUGGUUCCACCGUGGGUGGUUGGUACGGGGGCGUCUCCACGAUGAACUCGAACCAGGUAGACGACGUCGGGACGGAUGAACAAAGGAGGGUGAACAGCGCCGUCCAGGCGCGAAUCGAGGCGAUGUUCGCUUCCGUGGAAGCUGAAAGCGGAACACCCGGGGAAUGCGCCGCUGCCAUUUUGCCGGUGAAGUACUUGGGAGCAGCUCCGGUUGGCGGCCGCGUGGCGAGCGUCCGCGGUCUUCAAGAGCCACUUCGUCAGCUCUUGGAGCGCAUGGAGGUCUCGGUGAGAGCCGAACUCGAGGUCUCCAGACGUGGACUGACAUUUCGCACAGCGGACGCCUGCGAGAGGAACAACCCUUUUCGAAGAAUCGCCGUGUGGAGCGCUCUCAGGCUGCGCGGCAAGAGGACGCCAUCGGGCGACGUCCAUUACGCUUUUCUGCCAUUGGUCGGCGACCAUGAUCAGAGCCAAGCAGGCGAAGAUAAGCAUGCCGAUCUGUACAGGACCAUGAGGGGUUUGAAAACAACCGUGGACAACUAUCCGCCCAUUUUCGCAGUGGUGAUGCGACGGCCAGGGGCGAACAGGUUGCUAGAAUGCCAUGCAUUCGCCUGUGAGAUGGAGGAGGACGCCGUGGCUGCUGCUGCCACGCUUUACAGAGCCCUGCUCGCGGAUCUGGACGGGAACCGUCGUCGCCCGAGGCACACGAAUGGCGUCGGUUGCAUCAGCUUGGCCUCUGUCGCGUCGAGCGUUAGAGAACCCAGUCCAAGCAGCAGAAUCACCACCAAGACGAACAUCCUGCAGUCGGACCAAGCUCGAACCCCCCCUUCGCACCCAAUAAGACCCCCCAGGACAAAGAAGACCUCGGUCUCCAGCUCUGUUACCGAAGAAGAGACUGGCAAGUCGGAGGAUGUUCAGAAAGCACCCAGGAGGAAGAAGAAGAUCUCUGACAUCAAGGCAGAGGACAUCUUGGAGGCUCGAGGAAGGAGACGAGAGAAUCCAAAGGAUACAACAACUCCACUGCCUCAGACUUUCAAUUCCGUCCAAAAGAACUUCGAUACGAGGCUGUCCAAGGAGGAGGAGCGACAGAACUCGAAGAACAAGCUGUACGGAAGCAAGUCAAAUACCCCGGACAAUAUCGAGAUAGAGCACUCCGUUGAUCCAAAAGAGAAGGCAUACGAUGUUGGUACGAAUGGAUUCUACGAAAGGGUAAUGAAUAAAUACGAGAAGCUCCCUGUGAAGAACGAUAGUCCGAGGAAACAGAGUCCCUUGAAAGAAACAAAGGACCUCAAGAAGCAAAAGUCCGAGAAGACCCGCGAAUCGUACGACCUGACACCUGUGGGAGGCGCUGUGAAGAGGCAAGAGACGUACUCCCCUAAGCUGGAGGUGGUGAUCUACGACAGGGUCGAGAAGACCAGCUGCAAAGACGAGGAGAACUCGAUAUACGAGCGGAACAGCAAACGGGGUAGCAAGGAGAGGCUCUAUGAGGAUCACUUCAAGGACGCAGAGAAGAUCUAUACUCUUUCCCAAGAGGAUGGACAGAGUGGCAGAGACAGCAGGCUUGGGCGAAACAAGAUAAGGAGUUCCCAGGAGAAUAUCUUUUUCGCUAAGUCUGCCCACAGUGACACUUACCAAAUGAUUCAGGAGGUCCCUGGGGACUCCGUGUCCGUUGAACGCAGACGUUCGAGAGACCAAGAGAAGGGCUCGUCUGGAAGAAGAGUCAGCAGAGUGGUCACUAUGGACAAGCCGCUGAGGAAGCAGCUGACCGAUUCCUCGACGAACUUGCACGUGCCAGAGUACAGUCAGCCCAGAGUCAGGAAGAGGAGCAGAGCAGGCAGCGAGCCGCCUGUCAGCCACACGGACGAAGCGAUGAAGGUUGUUGUGCAGGAAGGUAACCUGAAGAGGUCCCAAAGCGACAUGGAUAUGGACAGGGGCGAUCUGAUGACCAGAGUCGAGCUACCCAGAAGGAGUAGCUUCCUGAAGCCUGGAAGCGCCAGAAGACCGAACAGUAUCAAAGGUGGAACACCUUUAGGAUUCACGGAGCUGUUCGACGAGUUCAGGAAUCAGGAGGGCCUAACCAGCGUUGACGACAUAUUGGCGGCCAUUAUUGAUCCCGAGGGGAUGUCCUUCAACGACUUGAAGCCUUUGUACAAGGAGUUCUUGUUGAAACUGGCAGCGACGUUGACACAGGACGAACUGUACCAGAGGUCCGCCAGCAUAAUGAGAAGACGUCGGAGGCCGCAACGUAGACAGUCGAGUCGUCGUACCUGUCUGCUAGGCAAGGCCAUCAAGAGGUCCGUGUCGAGGCUAAAGGGUGGACCUACGGAGUUCACUUCUGUGAUAUUCCCAGCGAGGAGACUGAACGACAGCUUCGGUAGCAGUUCGUCCUGCGACGCGAGGAACAAUCAUCGGAACAGGGUCUUGGCUAACAGGCUGGGGAAGAAGAGGUCCUCCUGGAGGAUGAGCAAGACUGGAGGUUGCCAUACGACAUCGGAGGACAGCGACACGUGUGAGUAG